UCUGCCCAAAUCUCCUCCCUUCUCUCCUCCCCUUCCCCUUCCCUCCCCACCAAUGUCUCUUUCAAAAUGGCUGGGAUCCCUUUGUAUUUUGUGGAUUUGCAGGAUGACUUAGAUGAUUUUGGGUUUGAAGACUAUGGACCAGAUUGUGAUAGCAUGAGGAUAACUGCGUUCUUGGACAUUCCAGGGCAAGAUAACUUGGCUCCGCUUGCACGUCUGGAAAAAUAUGCUUUUAGCGAUAAUAUCUUUAACAGGCAAAUCAUUGCUAGAGGUCUACUUGAUGUUUUUCGAGAUUUCAGUCAUAAUGAGGAAGAUUACUUGACCGUAAUGGCAAUAGUAGUUCGGCUCUCUGAAGAUACAGAGCCAACUGUACGCACAGAAUUAAUGGAGCAGAUACCACCCAUUACCAUUUUCCUACAGGAAAGUAGGCCAAACUUCCCUACAGCUUUUUCUGAGUAUCUUAUGCCCAUUGUGGUGAGAUACCUUACAGAUCCAAAUAACCAGGUCAGGAAAGCAAGCCAGGAUUCGUUACUGAUACUACUAGAACAAGGUCUUGUUUCUCAGCCAGAUAUUGAAAAUAAAGUGUGUCCAAUCCUGCUGGACCUUUCUGCUCCAGACAGUGAUGAUGAAUACAAAGUAGAAGCAGUAAAUAUAAUAUGCAAAAUGUCUUCAAUUGUCAACAAAUCGACUGUUGAACGCCUGCUUCUUUCUCGUUUCUGUGAGCUCUGUAGUGACGGGAAGCUUUUUCAAGUUCGGAAGGUUUGUGCAGCGAACUUUGGAGAUAUUUGCAGUGCUGUUGGGCAAGAGGCCACAGAAAAUAAUUUGAUUCCAAAGUUUUUUGAGCUCUGCUCUGACAGUGUUUGGGGCAUGCGGAAAGCCUGUGCCGAGUGCUUUAUGGCUGUUUCUUAUACCAUUUCGCCUGAAGUUCGGAGGACCAAGUUGUCUCCCCUCUUUAUCAACCUCAUCAGUGACCCAUGCAGAUGGGUACGUCAAGCUGCUUUCCAGUCACUUGGGCCAUUUAUUUCUACUUUUGCAAACCCUUCCAGUGCUGGCCUUUAUAUUCGAGAGGAUGGGACGCUCAGUAUCCGACCUUCCAGUCCCUGUCCAGCUGCCAAAAAUGCAAACAGCGUGUCAUCUAGUUCUGAGGAGCCAACCGAAAAUAAAUUGGAAACAUUGACAGAGAAGUCUUCUGUUAACUGCACUGCAUCAAGUUCAGGUGCACAAGAAGAAAGUUCACCCGGACGUGUUAAUUUUGGAGUUAAUCAAAUUAUAUUCAAUCAGAGUCACAAUGCUGGUCCUUUUGUGACUAAAGAUAUUAAAGACUGUGAAGUCAACAGUUAUCAGGGAAUGAACUCAGGAGUCCAGUCUGCUGAUGAUGUGUUUAAUACUUUCUUAUACUGGCGUCCACCUCUUCCUGACAUUAGCCAGGAUUUGGAGCUGCUUCAGUGCAAAACUGAGAUACAUGAAGGGACCUGCUCAAUGUCUGAAGUUCUGUGCAAUAACUGUGUGGCCAGCAGUGAGAUUAAAAAAGUUCUGCAGAGUUUGCAGGAGCAUAUGGAUGACCCAGAUGUUCAAGCUCAGGUCCAAGUAUUAUCUGCUGCACUCAGAGCUGCUCAUCUGGAUUCAGUCAGCGACUAUGCCAUCAAACAGAAUGAAGAAGUUAAUGGUGACCCCAAGGAAGAUGCAGCCGUUUUGGACCUUGAAACAAGUACAGUGAAUGAGAGCAAUCUGUCUUCAUUACCAAGCCAGGAGGAGGUGAUUAAUCCAUCCACUCCAACUGUGAUUAAAAAUGUGGAGUUAGAAGAGCAACAGAAUGGGACCAGUAAAGUUUUAGAGGCUGAUGAGAAUGAACCACUUCUGGAAGAGGAUAAAUCAAAAUUACAGGAUAUUAUACCACAGCCUUUAUUGGACCAAUACUUAUCUAUGACAGAUCCUGCUCGUGCACAGACUGUUGAUACAGAAAUCGCAAAGCACUGUGCAUACAGUCUUCCUGGAGUAGCCUUAACAUUGGGCCGGCAGAAUUGGCACUGUUUGAAAGACACAUACGAAACAUUGGCAUCUGAUGUACAGUGGAAGGUGCGUCGGACCCUUGCUUUCUCCAUUCAUGAGCUAGCUGUCAUCUUGGGAGAUCAGCUAACAGCAGCAGAUCUGGUGCCUAUUUUUAAUGGCUUCUUAAAAGAUCUGGAUGAAGUGCGCAUUGGAAUCCUUAAACAUCUUUAUGACUUCCUUAAGCUCCUUCAUGCUGACAAAAGACGGGAAUAUCUUUACCAGCUUCAGGAAUUCGUGGUUACAGAUAACAGUAGAAAUUGGCGGUUUCGUUAUGAACUUGCAGAGCAACUCAUUUUGAUACUUGAGCUCUACAAUCCCAAUGAUGUAUAUGACUAUUUAAGGCAUAUUGCACUCACUCUCUGCUCAGAUAAAGUCUCUGAAGUCAGGUGGAUCUCCUUCAGGCUGGUUGUAGCAAUACUACAAAAAUUUUAUGUGAACAAUGCAAACUCUUUGGGAUUAAAUUUCAUUAAUGAGCUGAUUGUAAGGUUUCGCCAUUGUUCUAAAUGGGUUGGAAGACAAGCAUUUGCUUUCAUCUGCCAAGCAGUGGUGGAAGAAGAAUGCAUGCCUGUUGACCAUUUUGUUGAACAUCUGCUACCCAGCCUUCUCAGCUUGGCUUCUGAUCCUGUGCCAAAUGUAAGGGUUCUGCUUGCUAAAGCUCUGAGGCAAACACUCUUGGAAAAAGCAUAUUUUAGAAGUGUGGGCAACCCCCAUCUUGAAGCUGUGGAAGAGACUGUUCUAGUUCUACAGACAGACAGAGAUCAAGAUGUUUCCUUUUUUGCCACCAUCAAGCCAAAAUGCAAUAACAUACGGAUUACUUCGCUUGAAAAACAAAAUUAAUUUUGUUUUCCUCUGGACCCCAACAUGAUUAACCAGCAAAGAGGUUCCUGCUUUGUCUACUAACCUGAUGAAGACUGAAUCAAGUAACCAAUGCAAUCUAAGCGAAAAGGGCUUCUUCUUAAUUCACAUUUAAAUGAAGAAUAUGCUGACCUUUUAUCUACCGACUGGUAAUAGUGAUGUAGAAUAUUCAACAAUCAUGCUGUCUUCAUUUUUUCUUACACAAACAUGAGUAAUACUCAUGUACAAAAAGUUCAGUAUUGUAUAUGUGUGUGUAUAUAUAUAUCUAUGUAUAUGUUCAUGUUCCCCUGGUGGCGCAGCAGGUUAAACCGCUGAUCUGCUGAACUUGCCGACCGAAAGGUUGGUGGUUCUAAUCUGGGGAGCGGGGUGAGCUCCCACUGUCAGCCCCAGCUUCUGCCAACCUAGCAGUUAGGGAAACCUUUACCUAUAUGUUCAUGUGAGCUUACACAAAUUCACAGCUUCAGAACAGGAGUAUAUACUUUUCUAUAUAAGAGAAGGAAAGUGGCUGCUUGGUUGGAGUCCAGAGUGACUCACAAAGCUUUAGCCAGUGAACAAUUUAAAAAGUGAAGCUUUUCCCCAUUGUAUUAUAAAUUGUUCCAUGGUUAGUGGCACCAUGUUUUAUUAUAUUAAGUCAUUCAAAGUGAUCAUAAUGUGCUCCUGAAAACUGGAAAGAACUCAGAAAACGUGACUCCAUCUUUACAACACCCCCAAACAACACAAUUGUCUUGUUAGAGAAAUAGUAUUUUGGCGGCUUUCCCCGCAAAGUAGAUGGUUGUUUUUCCUUCAACAGAGGGUUUCGUAUUACGAAUGCAUGAUAUGGCACAGGUUGGGUGUUUAUGUUUCAUUAAUGAAACAUCAUAGUGGAUUUUUUUUUAAAAAAAUCGCCCGCUGUUAAUUAAUCGCCUUUUCCACUGAGGAUGUGAUGUCUAAUCCUGUAAACACAUUCUCAAGCUACUUACUUCAGAAAUAGUACAUACAGUGUAUUGGGUCUACUCUAUAAUAAUACGGUCUCCUAGUUUUCAGUACUGGAUUGUUAGUGUUCAGUAAUGCAGUAUGACUGAGAUUUGUUCUAAAUUCUUGUUUCUAUUUGGGAAAUAUAAAUUGCAGUUGAGAAUGUAAAUUCCCCAAGAAUACAUCAAGUCUUUUUACUUAAAUAUGUGGAGCCCCUGAUGGUGCAAUACAUUAAACCCUUGUGCCAGCAGGACUGCUGACCAACAGGUUGGCGGUUCGAAUCCAGGGAGCGUGGGUUGGGCUCCCUCUGUCAGCUCCAGCUCCCCAUGCAGAGACAUGAGAGAAGCCUCCCACAGGAUGGUAAAACAUCAAACAUCUGGGUGUCCCCUGGGCAGCGUCCUUGCAGAUAGCCUAUUCUCACACACCAGAAGCAACUUGCAGUUUCUCAAGUCACUCCUGACAUGAAAAAAACAAAACCUUAAAUAUGUAUGGAAGUUCAAAGUUAUGAGAAUUCUUUAUUUUGAGUAAUUAGUGUUUCUCUCUUUUGGAAGAUUAUUAGAAAGUUUUGUAUAAAGUGUGGGAUCCAGUCCUGAUGGUGCACACCUGCUCCCCAAACCUCCAUUUGAUUGUGUUCCCAAAUCAUCCUCCAAAGCAUAGUUCGUUGGGUGUGGGAGGCCACACACGGAAAAGAGAGUCAACAGCGUGCCAUACAGCAGGGUUUACUUUCUUUUAUGUAUAUACAGUAGAAAUGUAUUGCAUAUAUUCACAGACUAUUCUUGAUCCCCGAUGUUUGGAUUUAUUGCUGAAGGCUAUGACGACAGUAACAAAAAUCUGGGCUUCUUUUUUCUCUUGGAUAGGAUUUACAAUACAAAUAUCGCAAAUUUAAAUAAGUGAAAAUAUAAGUGGGAAAAUGGAUGACCAAUGUGAUCUGAAUAUUAUGCUGUUAAGUACUACGAUGCACAAAAGGGUCUUAGGAAAAAAUAGUGAAACUGAAGACUGAUAAAUCUAUCUAUGGUUAUCCGUGAAAAGUUGGCAUGUACAAGAGUGCAAUUCAUACAAGCACUGUAGGAACUUGAGAUUAUGUGUGGUGUCAAAGGCUUUCAUGGCCGGACUUACUUGGUUGCUGUGAGUUUUCCAGGCUGUAUGGCUAUGUGCCAGAAGCAUUCUCUCCUGAUGUUUCACCCACAUCCAUGGCAGGCAUCCUUAGAGGUUGUGAGGUCUGUUGGAAACUAGGCAAGUAGGGUUUAUAUAUCUGUGAAAUGUUCCGGGUGGGAGAGAGAACUCUGUUUAAAGCAAGUGUGAAUAAACCCCACAUGCCUAGUUUCCACAGAUAUAUAAACCCCACUUGCCUAGUUUCCAACAAACUUCACAACCUCUGAGGAUGUCUGCCAUAGAUGUGGGUGAAACAUCAGGAGAGAAUGCUUCUGGAACAUGGCUAUACAGCCCAGAAAACUCACAGCAACUCAGAUUAUGUGGCUUGCACAUAAGAAAAUGAUGUAAAUAAUGUAAGUGUUCAGCAUGAAUAGUUCAUGGGUGUGAUCACUGCUGGAAGUAAAUAUUGUGAAUCGAAGCAUAAAUAUAACAGUUUUACAGAAGGGCCGUAACAGUUAUGAAACAAUUUUCUUUUCAGGUUUUUUUAAAUCGAAUAAGUAGCCAUUAGAGAUGGAAGUACAGAAAGUGUCAGAGGGAACAUUGACUGUAUUUGCUGGAUAUUUUUUAAAAACAUGUAGCAAAAGAAGUCUCAUUUAAUAGCAAAUUAAAUUGUUCCAUUCAGUAUUUGUCUUUUAGCUAAAUAGGCCACAAUUGUGUUCUCUUCAGCAUCUUUGGAUCAUUAAGUGGUUGCCUUGUCUGGAUUCUCAGUCUACUUCCUGGUAUGUUUCCUCACUUUUAAAUAAUGGUUUAAUUUGCCACAAUUGCCUACGAAACUCUGGACAUAAUCUCAUGAAAGAUUCUGUUCCAGACGACAGUACAGUGUUUAGCGUUCGUAAGGACAUUAUGUGCUUUGCAAGAUCCUCAAAUGGCUUUUAGAAACCAUCUAGACAUGUGUCGUCGCUACAACAUUGUAACAUGCCUAAACUCUGUGUUUCUGCAAGGUGGUUCUACAUUUAAAGUGUUUAAUAAGUUUAAAGCAAAAUGCCUCUUCAAUGCAAGUGAUUUUUUACAACCGCAGUUUCUCAACAAAAUGUCAUUUUUUGUAGUUUUAAUAUCUUUUUCUAAUGCUAACAUUGUACAAGUAUUUUUAAACAGUUCAGAUUUUUCUAAAGUUGUUCUAAUUCUCUCUGUUUUUUUUUGUUUAUGUUGACCUUAAUGGGUAGGUCAUUAAUUUUUUUCAGCACUGAACCAUUUUUAAGUGUACAUAGAAAUGUUUGUGAAGAAUUGUAUAUAGUUUGCUGUUUGGACAUUAAAACAAUCCAGUUUGGGCUACCAUGUUAGUUUUAAAUUGAUAGGUACCCCAUUGUUACACCUACUAGCCUACUAGAUAUUAUGAACUCUCUUGUGUCCUUAGAAAGCUGGAGUAGUUUUCAUGAAGUUAUUGUUUGGUUACUAUCACAUAUGCAUAAGGAAAUCAAUUCUACCAAAAUGGCAGAUCAAAAUUUUCAUUAAAAAUUUGCACCUUUUCCUAUAUCCAGAAUUUACCCCCUUUAUCUGGUGGCACAAUAGGUUAAACCCUUGUGCUGGCAGGACUGAAGACUGACAGGUUGGGAGGCUCGAAUCUGGGGAGAGUGCUGAUGAGCUCCCUCUGUCAGCUCCAGCUCCCCAUGCGGGGACAUGAGAGAAGCCUCCCACAAGGAUGGUAGAACAUCAAAAUAUCUAGGUGUCCCCCGACAACGUCAUUGCAGAUGGCCAAUUUUCUCACACCAGAAGCAACUUGCAGUUUCUCAAGUAGCUCCUGACAUAAAACAUUUUAAAAAUGUGUUUUUUGUUAAAAGGUUUUUAAAAUAUGUUUAUUAUAGUUGCAUGCACUAGUGGAGAAGAUAAUCCUGGGUAAUUUGACUCAGUCUUUCUUCUUCUUCUUCCCUUGCUUUCCCCACCUUGCACUCCUUUCUCCUGUCUUUUUGUGUUUCCACAUUCAAAUUAUAUUUGCAAUGGGUCUAAAUAGCAAGAAAAGCACUGGCACAGAGACAAUUCAUUUCACAAAGGCUUGUCUAUAGAUUCUUCAUAAAUACCACUGAAAUGAUGGAAAUGUAUUCUGCAGCUACCUUAUAACUCCUUCUCUAAAACAAAGAGACAAAAUUAGGCAAAGGAGUCAAAAUAAAUAUUUUUUUUAAUCCUUUAAAUUAAGGGAAAAGAAAUGUAAAACAUUUUGAGCAAAAGUUGGUAUGCACUCUUCCCACAAAUACACACACAGAGACACACACAGAAAUGCAACAAUUUCACUUUAAAAUGUUUGGUUGAGACAAACAUUAGUGCUGCAAUACUGAAAUAGUGGGCCUUAAAUAGGUUAGUUGCUUUUGUGUAGAAAUGCUCGUGUCUGAUGCACAUGAUUAUAAAUUUGGCAUCUCCUGGAAUUUGUCCAAGUGGCAGUUGUAUGCCUGUAAAGUAAGGUGUUUAGGGACACUCUGGAAGUGCUACUGAUUUUGUCAGAAAAAUAGUCUAUGUAACUUUCUGUUCAUAUUUAUCUCAAUAAAUCCCAUGAUUGUUUUAUCAAA